AUGAGCGAGCGGCCCAAGCUGUCGCUGGCCGGCCCCGAGUCGCCGACUCCGCUGUACCAGCAGGUCAAGGAUCAGAUCCUCGCCAACAUCUCGAACGGCAGCUGGCCACCGGGGCGCAAGAUCCCGUCUGAGAAUCAGCUGGUUCAGCAGCUGGGAGUGAGCCGAAUGACCAUCAACCGGGCGCUGCGCGAGCUCGCCCAGGAGGGGCACCUACAGCGGCUGGCGGGGGUCGGCAGCUUCGUCGCCGAGCCACCGCGUCAUGCCAGUCUGAUCGAGCUUUACAACAUUGCCGAGGAGAUUCGCGAACAAGGCGGCGAGCACAGCGCUCUUCUGUCCUGGCUGCAACGUGAGCCGGCGCCGGCGGAAGUUGCCAAGCGGCUCGAGAUCGACCCUGGCGAGGCUGUCUUCCACGUCACCCUGGUCCACCGCCGCGACGAGCUGCCGAUUCAGCUCGAAGAUCGCUGGGUCGACCCCGAGCAGGUGCCUGACUUCCUCGAUCUGGACUUCUCCGCUACGACUCCCUCGGAACACCUGCUGCGCUCCAUCCGACCGGACGAGAUGGAACACGUGGUCUCGGCGGUACUGCCCGAUGCGACCACCCGUGAGCUGCUGGCCAUUCCAUCCGACGAGCCUUGCUUGCGCCUCGAGCGCCGCACCUGGAACAGCGGCCGGGUGGUGACCUACGCCGUCUUGACCUAUCCCAGCUCGCGCUACGAUCUCGGCGCCCGCUACGAUCUCGGCAGCGGCCAGAAAGCCUUCGGUUUCUCGCUCCUGCCCGGCGGCUACCGGCGCAAGCCGAUGAGCCCCCGCAGCCGGUUACCAAACUCACCCGCGAAAGACUGA